AUGAAGGUCUCCAUGGCUGCCCUCUCUCUCCUCAUCCUCACCAUCACUUCUGCUGUUCACAGCCAACCAAAAAUUCCUGAGUCGGUGAACCACCCACCCACCUGCUGCCUGAAGUAUCAUGAGAAAGUAUUGCCAAGAAAACUGGUGGUGGGAUACAGACGGGCCCUCAACUGUUACCUGCCAGCAAUCAUCUUCAUCACCAAGCGGAAACGAGAGGUCUGUACCAACCCCAAUGACGACUGGGUCCAAGAGUACAUCAAGGAUCCCAGGCUUCCUCUACGGCCUUCCAGGAGGUUGGCCUAA